AUGGAAGCUAAUUGGAGGACCGAUGUGUGGCGUUUAACGGCGUGGCUGUGUUUCAGGGUGAAGGUGGAAUGUCUUCCUCUGCUGAACGGACACAGCAGCGGUCCAGUGACGCCGAACGGAAACUGGAGAAAGAGGCAAAGGGACACAGCAGAGGAUGGACCUGGAGACGGAGCAGGCUCAGCGCACAAGAAGAAGAAGAAGAAGAAGACAAAGAAGCUGGAGGACGGCACAACGGAAGGGACAAACUUAGCCAAGGUCGACGGCAGGAAUAAAACAUCAGAAACGAAGAAGGCCUUGAAGAAGAAGAAGAAGACGAGGCUAUCUGUGGCUAACAGCCAUGCUGCUUCCACUAAAGCUUCCGCUGCUCCUCACAAACCAUCAGCCCCUAAAAAGAUGGCCGCCGCUAAAACCAGCAAAGCAAAAGCUCCUUCAUCAGAUUCCAGCAGCAGUGAUGAAGAAACGGUCCGUCAGCAAAAACCCACCGCUGCUCCUAAAGGACCCCAGAAGCCCAAAAACCCUCAGCCUUCAUCCUCAUCAUCAUCCUCCUCAGAAACAGACUCCCCCUCAGCUGUGGCCCCCAGCAGCUCAGGCCCUAAAGCUCCUCCUGUGGCCCCUCAGUCAGCAGACGGAGCCUCCAGCAACAGGGAGCCUCCUCACAGCGCGGCACCGGAGCCCCGCAUCCAGGAUGACGAAGAGGAGGAGAUCCAGCUGGUCAUCCGCCGGCCGCAGCAGCCGUUCCUCAACAUUCCCAGGAGGGGCCCCGGCAGGGGGGCCCGGGACGGUCCCGGAGCAGAGCGCCCCGGGUGGAGAGGUCAGAGAGACGCACAGAGCUGCACCAACGGAACAACGACGCCUUCUGUGCAGACGGACGUUCUGACCAACAAGUCUGUGGUUUUUCAGAAUGAAGCAGAACAGGCUCCUCUGAAGGACUACAACUCCAUGCCGCUGUUAGCUGCGCCUCCUCAGGUGGGCCAGAAGAUCGCCUUUAAGGUACGGUUGUUAGCGCUAAUGCUAAUGGAGGAAGGCUGCUUGAUGCAGCCGGAUGCUGACGGAAACCCUUCGGCUCGGAUCGGGAGUCGUCGUGUUUUUCCGGAUCCUGUCGCGUCCUCCACGGUGCUGCUGAUGUCAGUCCGCCGCAGCUGCGGGAUGAUGGCGAACAACAAAGCGGUUCUGAUCCGGUAA